AUGUUCCAGUCUUUCGGCCCCGGAGCAAACUGCACACUCGAUCUCUGUCCCAUCGAAUGGACCAUCUACCAAUACCGUCCAAGUCUACCAGCCAACAUCACCUUUAUGGCCCUAUAUGUCAUUGCCCUUAGCAUUCACGUCUACUUGGGUGUUCGAUGGCGUAGUUGGUGGUUCAUGGCUUUCAUGGCCAUGGGCUGUAUUUACGCCAUUAUUGGUUACGCUGGACGAGUCGUGCUUUGGAAGAAUCCUUGGUCGUUUGGAGGGUUCAUGCUUCAGAUGGUUUGCGUCACAGGUGGGCCUGUCUUUUACACGGCAGCCAUCUAUGUGACGCUGUCCAGAGCCAUCCAGUUCUUCGCUGCCGAAAUCUCCCGUCUACCUGCCAAGAUGUUUUACUGGAUCUUCAUCUCAGCCGAUAUCACCUGUCUCAUCCUGCAAGCAGCCGGCGGUGCACUCUCCUCAUCAUCGAGAGGUGCUUCACAAACGGGCAUCGAUCUUGCAAUGGCUGGCCUCAUCCUACAAGUCGUUGUCCUCGUCAUCUUCUGUGGCUUCUUUGCCGAUUACAUGAUCCGUUUUGCACAGCUUCAGAGAUCCCGUGGAUCCACCCUUAGGGCUGCCAUCACCACUCGUCAACAGAUGUUCUUCGGAGGACUUGCUGCAGCCAUCUUGCUGAUCCUGGUGCGCUGCAUUUAUCGUGUCGACGAGCUCAGCCAGGGCUAUAGCAACUCGGACAAAAUCACCGACGAGGGGCUUUUUAUCGGACUAGAGGGCGUGAUGAUUUACGUUGCCGUAUGCUGUCUCUUCGUCGGACACCCCGGCUUUGGCUUCCAGCAUAUAUCGAUGGAUUAUAACUGCGGUCGUACUGCAUCAAAGCAGUUGCUUUCGACGCUUGCUCAUUCGACACCCGCUUAUUCGGAUCGACCCAUGUCCUAA